CUCCUUCUUCUUCCACUACUCCUUCAGUAAUAAAGAAGCACGAUGGUUUCAUUAAUUUCAGAGGGGAGGACACUCGCUAUUGUUUUGCCAGCACUCUAUGUGGACUUUUGCUUCAGAAAAAUAUCACUAUUUUCUUUGAUGAGGAGCUUGAGAAAGGAGAUGAAAUUUCGUCAUCUCUUAUAAAUGCAAUUGAAGAAUCAGCUAUUUCAGUUGUUAUUUUCUCAAAAAGGUAUGCCUCUUCUAGAUGGUGCCUUGAAAAACUUGCAAAGAUCAUUGAAUGCAAACAAAGGCACCAACAGAUAGUAUUACCAAUUUUCUAUAUUUAGAUCCAUCAAAUUUAAGGAAUCAAAUUGGAACUUUUGGGGAUGAAUUUGCCAAGCUUGUAGAAAGUUUUAAAAAGGAGAAGUUAGAAAAGCUACAAAUGACAGAAGAACAAUUUGAAGAGAAGAUUCAGACAUGGAAGAAUGCUUUGACAAAAGCAGCCAACCUAUCUGGCUACACCGCAACUAACACAACGUAAUUUUCUACUCUUUUACAAUAUUUAUCGCUUCAGAUGAGUUUCUAUUUCCUUUUUUUUCUUUUCUUUUCUUUUUUUUUGUCAAGUUUGCGAGAGAUAUAAAAUCAAAUCAAAUCUAAAUGCUUCUGCGCUUCAAAAAGUUCAAAUUCACAGGGUUGCAUUUGAACUUGCAAUGAGAGUUGUUCAAAAUGUUUUGAAGGAAUUAAAUGAUUUGUCCUCAGAUGUUGAUAAUAAGAACUUGGUUGGAAUCCAAGGUAUUUGUGAUCGCAUAGUUUGUUGUUUAUGCAACCAAGCUAAUGGAGCUUAUAAAUUGUUUGCUCCACUUCCUGUUAUUUAUAAUUUACCAAUUUAUAAUAAUAUUUAUGUCGUAGGAAUUUGGGGAAUGGGUGGUGUAGGAAAAACAACUAUUGCAAAGGUUGUAUAUGCUAGAAUGAGAAGUCAAUUUGAAGCUUCUUAUUUUGUUGAUAAUGUUAGAGAAAGAUCAAGCGGUAAUACUACAUUAGCUCCCUUGAAAGAGGAAAUGUUUUCUAGAAUAUUAGGAGAUAAGCCUAUUAAAAUGGAUACCACCUUUACAAAAAGAAGGUUUGGCUCAAAAAAGAUUCUCGUUGUUUUUGACGAUGUGACAGAUGUUUGGCAAAUAGAGUUUCUUGUUGGAGAUCUUAAAUAUUUUGGUGAGGGAAGUCAAAUUAUCAUUACAACAAGGGAUAAACAAGUGCUUAAAAAUUGUGUACUGCAUGAUGAAUUUAUAUUUAAGAUAGAGGGAUCAUGUGAAGAUGAUGCUCGUCAGCUUUUUUAUAGGUAUGCUUUUCAACAAAAUCAUCCUUUAAGAGAUUAUGAUGAGUUAUCACAUGAGGUAAUAAGGUAUGCUAAAGGCGUUCCAUUAGUUCUUAAAGUGUUAGGUUCCGUUUUAUAUGGCAGGACCAAACAUUUUUGGAAAAGUACAAUAGAGAAAUUACAAAUAAUUCCAAAUGAGAAUAUUCAGAAGGUGCUAAAAAUAAGUUACGAUGAACUUGAAGAUUUGGAGAAGAGCAUAUUUCUAGAUAUUGCUUGUUUUCUAAAAUGGGAGGAUAGAGAGUUUGCAACAACAUUCUUAGAUGCUUGUGGCUUCUAUGCAGAACAUGGAAUAACUAUUCUCAUUGACAAAUGUCUAGUAACCAUAUCAUGCGAUAACAAAAUAACAACGCAUGAUUUGCUUCAAGAAAUGGGUUGGGAAAUUGUGCGGCAAGAAUCCACGAAACAUCUUGGUAUACGUAGUCGUCUAUGGUAUCCUGAAGAUAUAUAUAGAGUAUUGGAAGGAAAAACAGUAAGUGUCAAAGAAAAUAUGUAAUUUUCCAUUUUUUUUUUAUGAAGCUUAGUUACACAUGUGACAUCUACGGUAAUUUACUAAAUAAAGAAAACCACAAAUCUUAGACCUUUAUUGGAUUGAACUACUCGAAUGCAGUUGAUAAGAGUUGGAUUGAACUUGCUUUAUUUGGUACACAAACCAAGCUGAUGUUUGAUACGAUAAUGGUUUAAUUUUUUAAGAUUUUGGCCUGUGAGGCUAAGUUCUGGACUUCUUGUUAAUGAAUUAAGUGGGUUUCAUAUUCCGUUAAUUCAGGUAGCAAGCAUUUUCCUUUAAUGAAUGAACUUGAACUUUUGUUGACAAAUUUUCAUG